AUGGCCGCUGCCGUGGCGGGCGGCCGUGUGGCGGCUGGAGCGGGUGCCAACCUGAUUGGACAGGGAGCUCACGCGCGGAACCAGGAGGCCACGAUUUACGUCGGGAACUUGGACGAGAAGGUGACGGAGGAAGUAUUGUGGGAGUUCUUCACGCAAGUCGGCCCCGUAGUGAGCCUGUACCUCCCGAAGGACCGCGUCACGAACGCGCACCAGGGCUACGGCUUCUGCGAGUUCAAGACGGAGGAGGACGCGGACUAUGCUACCAAGGUGCUCAACAUGAUCAAGCUGCAUGGCAAACCGAUUCGCGUGAACCGCGCCGCCUCGGACCGCGACACCACGGACGUCGGCGCCAACCUCUUCGUCGGCAACCUCGACCCGGACGUCGACGAGAAGAUGCUCUACGACACCUUCAGCGCCUUUGGCGUCAUCACCAACACCCCCAAGAUCAUGCGCGACCCCGACACGGGCAACAGCAAGGGCUUCGGCUUCGUGUCCUUCGACUCCUUCGAAGCCUCGGACGCCGCGAUCGACGCCAUGCACGGGCAGUACCUCAUGAACCGCACCCUCGCCGUGCAGUACGCGUACAAGAAGGACUCCGCCGGAGAGCGCCACGGGACCCCUGCGGAGCGGCUGCUCGCGGCGCAGCGCCGCACGCUCGAGCCGACGACGCGGCGCCCGCACACGCGGUUCGCGGCGGGCCCCGGGGACGUCCAGACCGGCCCCGUGCCGCUGGGUCCGCCUGGCAUGCAAGGGCCGCAAAUGGGGCCGGCGCCGGGCGGAUUCGGGCCGAUGCCGCCGCCGCCGCCGGGGUACGGUGCGCCGCCGCCGUUCGGCGCGAUGCCGCCGCCGGGGUACGGAGCGCCGCCGCCGGGAAUGCCGCCGCCGCCUGUGCCGUGGGGUGAUGCCGCCCGCCGCCGGGCAUGCCGCCGCCUCCGGCAGUGA